UGGGAGGGGCGGUCAGCAGAAGCAUCGAGUCUGAGCUCCAACAUCCUGUCUGUUGUAACGCGCCGCCCUCUCUUCACGUUUAUCCCCCAGACCCAAAAGCUUUUCCGUGUGUUUUUAAGGCUUUCUCUAAAAGGCCAGAAGCGAACAUCGAUCUGGAAACGUGGUGCUAUUUUUUCCUUCAGCUCUUCACCCCUUUAAAUCAGGAAAACUGCUUGGUGUUUCUGGAUCUGAGUGAAGGCUCGGGAGAAGCUGAACUACGCGACAUUAUGACCGAAAAAGACACCGGAACAGAAAAUAUAAUAAUAGUGCCUACAAACAGCGCUGCCCAUGGUGCAGUGACUGAACUGGUGACGAGCACUGAUGCACAUGACAUGCCCACACUGCUGCAGGGAGCUGAGAUGAGAUGACAAAUCCUUCCUUGUCAAAGAGCGGAGGUGAUCCGGGAAUUACCCCUCUAUCUCCUUCACACAUCCAGCAAGGUGACACGGACCAGGUGGAAUCUGGAAUGUCUUUUGUGGUGGUAGUUGCUAUCGACUUUGGAACAACAUCAAGCGGUUAUGCUUACGCUUUCACCAAGGAGCCAGAAUGCAUUCACACCAUGAGGCGUUGGGAGGGUGGAGAUCCUGGUGUAUCCAAUCAGAAGACCCCAACCACCAUCCUACUUACUCCAGAUAGAAAGUUCCACAGCUUUGGCUAUGCAGCCCGGGAUUUCUACCACGACCUGGACCCUAGCGAGUCCAAACACUGGCUGUACCUGGAGAAAUUCAAAAUGAAGCUUCAUACCACUGCAAAUCUGUCGACUGAUACUGAGAUCCAUGCAGCAAACGGAAAGCGAGUGAAGGCCCUGGACAUCUUUGCAUAUGCAUUGGCAUUCUUUAAGGAACAAGCAUUAAAGGAGCUCAGUGAUCAAACCGGCAGUGAAUUUGACAACAGUAAUGUGAGAUGGGUAAUCACUGUGCCAGCGAUCUGGAAAAUGCCUGCAAAGCAAUUCAUGAGGGAAGCUGCCUAUAAGUCUGCUCUUGUGUCACGUGAAAACCCAGAACAGUUGAUCAUUGCUUUAGAGCCUGAGGCGGCAUCCAUCUAUUGUCGUAAGCUCCGCCUCCAUCAAAUGGUGGACUUGGGAACACAAACCACCCAGAAUGGUUUCAGCCCCAAUGACAAUGUAGGAAGUGGAAUGACCCAAGUCUCUCCAGCUAAGGAGCAUGUACGGCGCAAUCGACAGAGCCGCACCUUUUUGGUGGAAAAUGUCGUAGGGGAGCUUUGGUCGGAGCUGGAAGAAGGUGACCGUUAUGUGGUAAUGGACUGUGGUGGAGGAACAGUGGACCUGACAGUCCAUCAGAUUCGUCUUCCAGAAGGACAUCUAAAAGAGCUAUACAAGGCAUCAGGUGGACCUUAUGGCUCUAUCGGAGUUGAUUAUGAAUUUGAGAAGUUGCUGUGUAAGAUCUUUGGCCAAGAUUUUAUUGACCAAUUUAAAAUAAAGAGGCCAGCUGCCUGGGUGGACCUGAUGAUUGCAUUUGAGUCUCGGAAAAGAGCAGCAGCUCCUGAGAGAACCAACCCUCUGAACAUUAACCUACCUUUCUCUUUCAUUGACUACUACAAGAAGUACCGGGGUCACAGUGUGGACCAUGCUCUGCGCAAAAGCAAUGUGGACUUCGUUAAAUGGUCAUCUCAAGGGAUGCUGAGGAUGAAUCCAGAUGCAAUGAACACCCUCUUCAAGCCAACCAUCGACCACAUCAUCCAACAUCUCACUGAGCUCUUUGAGAAGCCAGAAGUUAGUGACAUCAAGUUCCUGUUCCUGGUUGGAGGUUUUGCAGAGUCUACCCUGCUGCAGCAAGCUGUCCAGAACAUGCUCCAGGGUCGCUGCAGAAUCAUCAUCCCCCACGAUGUUGGCUUAACCAUCCUGAAAGGGGCUGUGCUGUUUGGCUUAGACCCCAGUGUAAUAAAAGUUCGCCGGUCACCCCUAACAUAUGGAGUAGGUGUCCUCAAUCGCUUUGUGGACAGCAAGCACCCACCAGAGAAACUGCUUAUAAAGGAUGGAACACGCUGGUGCACUGAUGUGUUUGACACAUUCAUUGCUGCUGACCAAUCCGUGGCCCUGGGUGAAAUGGUAAAGCGUAGCUAUACGCCAGCAAAGCCAUCCCAGCAAAUUAUAGUUAUUCAUAUCUACUGCUCAGAAAAGGAGAGUGUAGGGUUCAUCAGUGAGCCUGGGGUCAGGAAGUGUGGGACGCUUCGCUUAGAUGUAAGUGGAACAGAAAGCUCAGCACCACGACGUGAGAUCCAGACCCUCAUGCAGUUUGGUGACACUGAGAUUCGAGCCAUGGCAAUAGAUGUGUCCACUGGACGCACUGUCAAAGCUAGUGUUGACUUCCUGAGCCACUAAGGCUGUGUGAGAGUUUAGCUUUCAGAAUUCUCAAAAGCAGUAGUCAUGAAAAUAAAGCUUCCACUUAACAACUAUUAAUAGCUACUAGAAAUUUGCAAAGUAUAAUAAAAUUCCUUGCUUAGACACUUUUGGUGGAAGAAUGGAGAUACCCCCAAAUGUUGGACUGUGUUAAGGGAUCGAAUAGACAGUUUUAGCCUUCGUCACUGGUUUCCAUGUUUCCAUUUUAUUUACUUAGGAGCUCUGUAGUGUUAAAAGGAAAAAAAAA